GUAAACUGGCCAUCCGAUAUUAGGUGAGUGCUCCUGGGUGUAGUUGCUAGCUGUUAGCAACGGCUGUAGUUAAAACAUUCGUGACCUCCCCCUCCACCAUUUAUUUACCUGGAUUUAGAUUGUUUGUUAGUUCUGGAGUUGGCUUUGAGUUCACAAUGUAUAUGUGAUGUAUUUUGCAUAAUAAGUAAAUGCAGACACAACCUUAAUAUUUCUUUUCUUUAUAAUAGGAUGGUUUUAGCAUGCCUUUUUAAUAAUUGCCCAUGGAAUUAUGGGAAAUUGUCUUAUAUAAUAAAAUAAUUUCAAAUUCUUCAUGCUGGAAUCGUGCUCAUCUACUAUAUGAUGAAAGAGGUGUAAAGAAGAGUAUAGAACUGUUGAUGAAACAGCCAUUCAAUAGAGUAAUCGGUAGGUGGAGGUCUGGUGUGCACUGGCCCCUCAAGAUAAGCAUGACUGAUGUGCACGCCCCCUUAUGUAUAAACUAGAUGAGCAUUUUUGCCUUGAAAUUGAACGGGAUUGUCAAUAUUUUUUUGUGGAAAUAUGGACCAAGAAGAAAAAAGAAUUGUUGAAAUAAUAGCAAAAGUAAUUGAACAAGCUUCUGACACUGACAACCACCAUGAAGUGCUGAUGGCGGGCAGACGCUACCCGUCCGUCCAAGAGUUUGCCUCAGCGAUCCCCAACCAUCUCCUCCUGGGUUCUCUGCUGGAGCACCUGUGCUUCCUCUAUGAGAGUAACCCAGCACGCUCGCGAUUGUUGUUUAAAGUAAUUGGCCAGCGCUUAGCUGCUAUGAAUCUUCUCUCACCAUUGGCCAUAAGCGACGAGUUCAGCACUGUCAGACUCCAACACAACCGGGCCUUCACUGAGCUGCUACAUGCUGCUAGCUCCUCACUGUACCCACAGGAACAGCAAUGUCUUAGCGUCAACAUGCACAAACCUGCUGUAAGGCUGAAGGAAGGACUGUUUCAAGCACAGACGUCUCGUUAUCUGAGCGAGUUUGAAGAAAUUGGUAGAAUUGGAAAAGGUUCUUACGGAAAUGUUUAUAAGGUGGUGAACAAACUGGAUGGGCAGUGCUACGCCGUGAAGAAGAUACUCAUUAAAAAAGUCUCAAAGGAUGAUUGCAUGAAGGUCUUGAGGGAAGUGAAAGUGUUGUCAAGUUUGCAGCAUGUCAAUGUUGUUGGCUAUCACACAGCGUGGAUGGAGCAUGUGCAGCCCGCAGCAUAUGCAGAACCUCCCCUUCCUGCAAUGGCUUCACUUGACCUGUUAGGCCAAAACUGUGAUGAGGACCCUGACAGCAGCAGCUCAAGCUUCUCCGUAGUUUUCCAAAGCCUCAGCCAGCCACAGGCAGAUGCCGCUUCGAGUGCGCUGCUGGUGCCAAGUGAUGGCCCACCUGUCAAAGACUUGGCACUGACACAGGAGAAAGGUCAGGGGGUGUGUCUGAACACAAGGCGACGUAUCCCCGACAACUAUGUGCCUUGUGUCUUCCUGGGACAGCAAGCCCCUAUUAAAACCUCCAAGUGCCCCGCUGUUGGUUGGGACACGUCAGGACUAUUGGAGGAGGAAUCCAGCAGGAGCAGCCUAGAGCUCAACAACAACUCUUGUGUUGAAAAGGAGUGUGAGCAGUGGGACGAACAACGCACGAGACCGUCUAAAGAAGUCCACUUCCACCUGAUGCUCUACAUCCAAAUGCAGCUAUGUGAGCGCUCACUCAAGGACUGGAUGACUGAGAGGAAUUCCAAGCCCAAAGAGAAUCAAGCAUUAAGAUAUCCGUAUGGAUGUGUGGAUGCUCAGCAAACUUUCAGUCUGCUAAGAAAGAUACUUGAAGGAGUGGAGUACAUUCAUUCCCAGGGAAUCAUGCACAGAGACUUGAAGCCAAGGAACAUUUUCCUCCAUGGCCAUGAAUGUCAUGUUCGCAUUGGCGACUUUGGUUUGGCAUGCAGUGGUUUAAUACUAGAUAGCCAUGAAUGUGCCACCUCUCCCAACGGUGAGUCUCCACACACUACUGGUGUUGGUACUUUUGUUUAUGCUUCUCCAGAGCAACUCAAGAGUUCUCACUAUGAUUCAAAGUCGGACAUGUACAGCAUUGGGGUGCUUGCUCUUGAGCUUUUCCAGCCCUUUGGAACAGAGAUGGAGCGAGUCCGGACUCUUGGGGACCUGAGGGAGGGAAAAAUCCCAGACUCCUUCAGUGACCAAUGGCCAGUCCUGACCAAGUACAUCUUGGAGCUGACUAGCAGAGAGCCCAGCAUACGGCCCACGGCCAGCCAGCUUCUACAGAGUGAACUCUUCUCCGAUAAAGAUGUGGUGAUCUAUGGUUUGCAGAAAAAGGUUGAAGAACAAGAGGAAGAAAUCCUACAUCUGAGGAAACAAAUAUGUCGGCUCCAAAGUGCACAAAACUCAGAGUUGCAAAACACCUAACACUUUAAAAAUCCACUGUGUAGCGUGAAUUUAGUGUGCGUGCGUGUGCGUGUGUGUGUGUGUGCAUGCAUGCAUGCAUGCAUAUGUGCCUUUCUUGGGGCACUUGUAUAUAAAAGUGCAUUAUUUAUCAUUCA